AUGGCUCUCCUCACUGAUCACCGAUUGCCGGGCGUCAUCUCCGAAUUGGUGCUGCAGAAGAAGGAGGAGCACUUCAAGAUCGACCCCGAUGACCUGAGCCCGGAUUACCUCUACAAUACGCUACGAUCGGUUAUCGUUGGCGCGGAAGGAACCGCAUACGAGUUGGUGCUGCCGUCACCAGAGGUCAAAGGGAUGAUGCGUUCACUCAUCGAAGGGAUGAAGCUGAAAAAGGAGGGCAAUUCGACUGAAACGCUGACUCACUACGUCGAGGGCCGAAAUGGUCGAGACCAACACCUGAUCGCGGGCAUUCGCUAUGAGUUUGAUACUGUCGUCUCGCCCGCCUCCGGAAGCUGGAUUAUGUUCAACUAUCAACCAAAAGCUGUCGAAGUCAGGGUCUCGAUGCGCUAUUUUGCGUACAACGGUAUUGCCCUUCUCCAUGAAAACCAGAAAUUCUUGGAAAGCCAACUCCGGCCGGGCAAGGACGAGCUA